AGAUUCUGCGUUCUAAAUCCAGGCCCCAGACUUGAGGUUCCCACAUAAAAAAAAAAAAAAAAAAAAACCAUGCACAUUAAGUUAACUGUAGACUCAAAAAUGUCUUCAGGUGUGUGCAUGUGAGUUUGAAUGGUUGCUUGUCUUUGCGAUGGGCUGGCAACUCGUCCAAAGUUUAACCCCCGCUCUCACCCAAAAUCAAGCUUGGAUGGGCUUCAAGCUCACCCGUGCGCCUGAUGAGGACAAACGCGAUCGGAGAUCAACGGGUGGAAAAUGGACGGUUGGUUCAAAAUUCAUCGAUUCUUCAAUUUUCACAGUCAGGUGAUCCACAAGGUCAAUUUCAAGGUCAAAUUAUUGAUCAAAAAGUUUAAUUACUAAAAAAACGGAGCAAUCUUUUGAGCGAUUGUGGAUUCGUAUUCCUUGUUUAAUUCCCUUUCCAACAAUACCCCUUUUGUGGAGAUUGACCCCGUAGUUCCUGAGAUCUGAGGGGUUCAAAGAAGGUGGCCACACCCCUUUUUGCAGAACGAGCUAAAAUCCGGUGGGGCGUAGCUCCCAAUCCCCUGCUCAGAAAUCAUUUUGUCAUGUUUGACAAAGAGUGAUCAUUCCAAUCCAACGGCUCUAGCGCCAACAAUGAUUAACUUUGGCCUCUGCGGGUCAUACUUUGUACUCUGCUCCCACGGUCCCUUUGCCAGACGUGCUUCAGUCAGAUUGGGAGACCCGGCAAAGGUGUGGGAUUAUCGGUGCAUGUUCUGAACCUUGAUUAGCCUGUUUGGGUCCGCCGCGUAAGGAAAAUGGCAGCAAGGCCCCCUUCCCUCCGUAUUGGAAUUGUCGGAUUUGGACAUCUAGGACAGUACUUGGUGGAGAGAAUCAUCAAAGAUGGCGGCCCCGUCGGCUUAAGUUUGGCUUUUGUUUGGAACAGAAAGCCUGAAAAGAUGAAAGGUUUAGUCCCCGAUGAACUUGUCUUGGGGAAUCUGUCGUCCUUCGCAGACAGGGAAUGUGAUGUCAUUGUGGAGGUGUGCCAUCCUCAGGUGGUGAAAGAAUUUGGAGUCCACUUCCUGUCUCACUCGCAUUUUAUGGUUGGCUCCCCCUCCGCCCUCGCCGAUCAUGACCUGAAUGCGAAACUUCGUCAGGCGGCACAGUUGCACGGAAGAACGCUUUACGUCCCCAGCGGUGCGUUAUGGGGAGGUCAAGACAUCCAGAGGAUGAACGAUAGCGGCGUCUUGCAGGCUUUAUUCAUAAGAAUGUCCAAGCAUCCAUCCUGCUACCGGCUGACGGGAGAUGUCCCCUCCGAGUGGGCGGAGGGAGAGGGGAGGCGGGUUUUAUUCAGGGGCUCGGUUUCGGAGCUGUGCCCCCUCGCUCCCAACAAUGUCAACACCAUGGCGACGGCAGCGGUGGCUGCAGGGAAGCUCGGUUUUGACGGCGUUCAGGGAGAGAUUGUGUCAGACACGGCUUUGAGUGAUUAUCACGUGGUGGAGGUGCAGGUGACGGGGCCUAAUGGUUUCUCAGCGCACACGGUGAGAAGGAAUCCAACCCAACUCGGCGCCGUAACCGGUAGCGCAACAUACAACUCAUUUUGGAAUAGCUUACUUGUCUGUAAAGGUCACGGGGGUCGAGUUUAUUUGUGCUGAAGCGUCUCAUGCCCACGGAAGACGAGCCUGCAAGCAGCGGCGAACAAAGCAAAGAAGUCCGAGCAGUUUUUGUUUGUCAACCCUUUGACGGGUCCUCUAUGUUGAAUCUUUAUUAUAUGUUCAUAUGGUGCGAGAUCGGAAGAAAUGAUAAAACUCUCACAGGGAGUAUACAUACAUCUUGCAAAA